AUGACAAAAGGAGGAGAGGAAUUGAGAUGGACAACCAGAGUUUUUUCUGAAUUAAAUAGGACAGUGCUACAAGAGAGACAAUGGAAUGGUCUGGAUUAUCAAGUGGUUACAAUUUGUUUGGUGAUUUUGAUUUGUGGACUGGGCAUUAUUGGCAACAUUAUGGUGGUUUUAGUAGUUCUAAGGACUAAACAUAUGAGAACACCCACUAAUUGUUAUCUUGUGAGCCUCGCUAUUGCAGACCUAAUGGUCUUGGUAGCUGCAGGACUCCCAAACAUUACUGAUAGUGUUUAUGGCUCCUGGGUUUAUGGAUAUAUUGGAUGCCUCUGCAUUACUUACCUUCAGUAUUUAGGCAUUAAUGCUUCUUCUUGUUCUAUCACUGCAUUCACAAUUGAAAGGUAUUUAGCAAUAUGCCACCCAAUCAAAGCUCAGUUUUUGUGUACAAUAUCCAGAGCCAAAAAGAUCAUUGUAUUUGUUUGGACUUUUACAUCGCUUUAUUGUAUGAUGUGGUUUUUCUUACUUGACUUGAACACAACUAUAUACAAAGACGCUACUGUUGUGAACUGUGGUUACAAGGUACCUAGAAGUUACUACUCACCUAUCUAUUUGAUAGAUUUUGGUGUAUUUUAUGCUGUACCAAUGACACUGGCAACAGUCCUAUAUGGACUGAUUGCAAGAAUUCUGUUCUUAAAUCCUAUUCCAUCAGACCCAAAGGACAACUCAAAGACCUGGAGAAACAAUUCUACACAUCAGAACAAGGCAUACAACUCAAAGAUGUCCAGCAGAUGUUCGAAUAGUACGAUAUCAUCUAGGAGACAGGUUACAAAGAUGCUGGCGGUAGUGGUGAUUCUUUUUGCAUUCCUUUGGAUGCCCUACCGAACACUGGUUGUUGUGAAUUCUUUCCUUUCCCACCCCUAUAUUGAAAAUUGGUUCCUACUUUUCUGUAGAAUGUGUGUUUACUUAAAUAGUGCAAUUAAUCCUGUCAUUUAUAAUCUUAUGUCUCAAAAAUUCAGAGCUGCUUUCCAAAAACUCUGCAAGUGCAAGAAGAAGCGUUCAGAAAAGCCUGCCAACUAUGGUGUGGUACUUAACUACAGUGUUAUCAAAGAAUCCUCCAAUGGGGGAAGCCCUGAUCAUUUUAGCACUGAGCUUGAGGAUAUUACUGUGACAGAUACAUAUUUGUCUGCAGCAAAAAUGUCCUUUGAUGAUACGUGUUUACCAUCUGAUGCAGUGUUCAGUAGAACAUAG